AUGUCCAAAAACUACGACAACUGGGAACGGCUCGUCAGGGCCACGCUCCUCCGUGAAGAGCUCCGCCGCCUCUGCCGUGAGGAUUCACUCUCUUCUUCUUCUUCUUCUUCAUUCUCUUCAUCUUUCUCCUCAGAUUAUUCUAGAAGCUUCCAUGAACCCGACUUCUCAUCACCGUCCAUUCACGGCAUACCGUCCUUUUCCCACCGUCAGAUCAUCCGCGCCACCAAAAACUUCAGCAAACAGAACCUGAUCACGCGUGGCCACUCGGGAGACCUCUUUCUCGGGGAACUAUCCGAACCAAUCGUGAUCAAGAAAAUCGGGUUUUAUAACCGUUUGGCAUUUUCGUCUGAAAUUGCAUUUUUCUCCUCACUGGAUUCCCAUUCUCAUCCGAGGUUCGUCCCGUUAUUGGGACACUGCUCGGAAGACGAGAGGGAGAAGUUUUUGGUUUAUAGGUAUUUUCCGCGUAGGGACCUUACGAACUCGUUUUAUCUCAAGACGGAUGGUGAUGACGUGGAUGAAUUGCGUACGUUGGAUUGGAUCACGAGGUCGAAGAUCGCUAGGGGUGUUGCCGAGGGCUUGGCUUACUUGCAUCACGAGUGUAAUCCGCCUCUCGUUCACGGGGAUGUACGGGCCAGUAGCAUACUUGUUGACGAUAAGUUUGAAGUCCGUUUGGGAAGCCUGAGUCACAUCUCGGCCGAGCGCGUGCUCAAGGACAAAUCAAGAUUGACAUGGCGAACUACUAAAAAGGCAACAUCGGGUAAAGCGACAAAAGAAACGUGUGCGUACGAUGUCUACUGUUUUGGGAAAGUCCUGCUCGAGCUGCUGACCGGUAACCUAAGAAUUAGUUCGGCAGAGGAUACAAAUUUGAAGGAGAUUUUGGAGAUAACAUUGCUAAACAUAAGUACGUUUAACAAGGAACUUGUUGCAAACAUUGUGGACCCAUCAUUGAUUAUUGGACCGGACCACUUGGAUGAAGCUUGGGCCGUGGCAAUUGUGGCCAAGGCUUGUCUGAAUCCUGUGCCGAUUAAACGGCCCAUAAUGAGACAUGUGCUUAAAGCUUUGGAAGAUCCUUUUAGUGUGGAAAUGGAUGAGAAAUCAGAAAGGCUUGAAACAAAUCCAUCUUAA